UUUCAUCAUCUUCUUUCCAAAUCCAAGGAACUAUCUUUUUCCCUCUCCUGCAAAAACUUGCACUUCAUUGUUUUAAUUAAGCCUUUUGGAAUCAUUGUUAAGUCAUUUAUUAGUACUACUAAAACUGCAUUUUAUUCAUCACUCUUUCUCUUCGUCUUGUUUGCUUCUAAAUUUCAGUUCCUUUUCCACCAAAAGUGUUGCCUUUUCUGCAUUUUUUAGGGGUGGCUGUCUUUUAUCAACAAUUUUUUACUCUUAUAAUUCCUUCAUUUUCAACUUUACUAGAAAUGGGCAGCGCUGAAAAGGUGGAAAUUCUUGAAUCUUUUAUGCCUCAUGGCUUUUCAAGGUUCUGCUUUACUGAAAAAAAUCCUGUCUUUAACCUAUGAGUGACAUUCCACCGUAGUAAUGCCUUUCAUGAGCAAAAACUUGACAAAAAGAGUGAAUUUUUUUACUGCCCUUUUGGUUUCUUGGUAGCAUAGGUAACAUAAGGCUAAGAAAUCUUUAGUUCCAAUUUCCUUUUUUCCCAAAUUGAAGGCAACCCAAAAAAUGCCAUUACUCAGUUUCUUGAGCAUUUUGCUUUUUGGGUUGCUCUCAAGGUCUCAACUUUUGAACGCCCAGAUCAUGAGUGAUCAAGCUGCAUUAUUAGAAAUUGGGAAGGAAUUUGGAAUUUCUGUGUGGAAUGGGAAUAUCUCUGAUUAUUGCUCAUGGCCUGGCAUUUCUUGCAGCUCCAAUAAUUCAGUUGUGGAAAGGCUUGAUCUUUCUAGUCAUGGGCUGCAAGGUAAUCUCACUCUCAUCUCUGACCUCAAAUCACUCAAAUGGCUUGAUCUUUCAUACAACAAGUUUCAUGGCAUGAUUCCACCUUCUCUUGGGAACUUAUCUGAGCUUGAGUUUCUUGAUUUGUCAUUCAAUGCCUUUGAAGGAUCGAUUCCUGUAGAGUUUGGUAGGCUUAGGAACCUCAUGGCGUUGAACCUUUCGAAUAAUUUGAUCAAUGGUGUGAUCCCUGAUGAGCUUGAGAGCCUAGUGAAGUUGCAAGAUUUGAGGCUGUAUUCGAAUAAGUUGAGUGGCUCUAUCCCUUUAUGGUUUGGGAACUUAACUAGCUUGAGAGUCUUUACUGCCUAUGAGAAUGCACUGAGUGGUGUUAUUCCUCAUAGGUUAGGCCUAGUUAGUGAGCUUAAGUCGUUGAACCUGCAUUCGAACUAUUUGGAGGGAUCGAUUCCUGAGAGCAUUUUUGCUAUGGAGAAGCUUGAAACUCUUGUUCUGACUCAGAACAGACUGAGUGGCUAUAUCCCUGAGGCGAUUGGGAAGUGCAGAGGCCUUUCGAAUGUUCGAAUUGGUGACAACAAUCUGAGUGGAGGGAUUCCUAGAGAGAUUGGCAAUAUAAGUAGUCUCACUUAUUUUGAGGCCAACAAUAACAAUCUAUCUGGUGUGAUUGUGAUGGAGUUCUCAAAAUGCUCGAAUCUCACGCUGCUUAACCUCGCUUUGAAUAGCUUCUUUGGGACCAUACCGUUGGAGUUUGGCUCGUUGAGUAAUUUGCAGGAGCUCAUUGUGUCCGGGAACAGCCUGUUUGGAGAUAUCCCAACUCCGAUUUUAAGGGGCAAGAAUUUAAACAAGCUUGAUUUGAGUAAUAACUGGUUGAAUGGCACCAUUCCUACGAGUAUCUGCAAUGCAUCAAGACUUCAGUUCUUGCUGUUGAGCCAGAAUUCGAUAAGAGGGGAAAUUCCACGAGAGAUUGGCAACUGCACGAAGCUGCUGGAGUUGCAAUUGGGAAGUAACUAUCUAACCGGGACUAUUCCCCCUGAGAUAGGGCAUAUCAAGAACCUGCAGAUCGCGUUGAACCUGAGCUCUAACCAUCUCCACGGACAGCUGCCCGAGGAGCUAGGGAGACUGGACAAGCUGGUCUCUUUAGACGUGUCGAGCAAUCAGCUCAGUGGGAGCAUUCCAUCUGCAUUGAAAGGGAUGAUGAGUUUAAUAGAGGUUAACUUCUCCAACAACCAUUUCAGUGGGCCGAUACCCUCAUUCCAACCCUUUCAGAAGAGCUUCAAUUCGAGCUUUCUUGGGAACAAAGGGCUCUGCGGUGAGCCUCUGAGCGUUUCUUGUGGUGGUCUCAAUGACUCUGCCCGCGAUGCUUACCAUCACAAAGUCUCUUACAAGAUUGUACUAGCUGUGAUUGGCUCGGGAUUGGCUGUGUUCUUGUCGGUGACAGUGAUUGUCUUGCUGUUUAUGAUGAGGGAGAGGCAAGAGAAAGCUGCCAAAGAUGCAGGGACAGCUGAAGAUGAAGAAGCUAGCGCCAAUCCCGUGAUCUUAGCAGGAAAUGUGUUUGUCGAAAACAUGCAGCAGGCUAUAGACUUUGAUGCUGUUGCACGAGCAACCAUGAAAGACUCGAAUCUACUCAGCACGGGCACUUUCAGCACUCUAUACAGAGCAGACAUGCCAUCCGGGAUGACACUGUCGGUCAGGAAGCUGAGGUCGAUGGACAAAACUGUGAUCAACCAUCGCAGCAAGAUGAUACGAGAGGUCGAGAAGCUAAGCAAGCUAUGCCAUGACAACUUGAUGAGGCCAAUAGGGUUUGUCUUGUUUGAGGAUGUUGUUCUGCUGCUGCAUCAGUAUUGCCCCAACGCGACACUGGCUCAGUACCUCCACGACCAGACCAAGAAACCGGACUGGUCCACGAGGCUCAACAUUGCCAUCGGUGUGGCUGAAGGCCUGGCAUUCCUCCACCAUGUAGCCAUCAUCCACCUUGACAUCUCUUCAGGCAACGUGUCUCUGGACUCGAACUUCACUCCAUUGGUCGGUGAAGUAGAGAUCUCGAAGCUUCUAGAUCCAUCUAGAGGGACAGCUAGCAUCAGUGCCGUUGCUGGCUCAUUCGGAUACAUCCCUCCCGAAUAUGCUUACACAAUGCAAGUUACAGCACCGGGCAACGUCUACAGCUAUGGAGUCGUACUUCUAGAGAUCCUCACGACACAGCUGCCCGUAGACGAGGCCUUUGGGGAAGGGAUCGAUCUGGUGAAGUGGGUGCACUCGGCUCCUGCUCGGGGCGAAACCCCCGAGCAGAUUCUUGAUGCAAGGCUAAGCACUAUAUCAUUUGGUUGCAGGAAAGAGAUGCUUGCAGCCUUGAAAGUAGCUCUUCUCUGCACGGAUAGCACGCCGGCGAAACGGCCUAAGAUGAAGAACGUUGUGGAGAUGCUUCAAGAAAUCAAGCAAGAUUAGAGAGAGCUCAUUCUUAAUUAGAAAAGACAAAGACAACUCUGAUGAUCAAGAACACAUAACAAUCCCUUUCACAGAUUGGUUGAUUUUAGGGGGUGUGAUUGCAUCACCAUUGUAUCAAGAAAUUUCACUAAAGAGGCAUGCUAUCUACCAUUGUUAAUUUCCAUAUAUCAUUCUUAUGGAGAAUGUUGGCAGCACGUUCAUAUGAGAAUGCCGCAUUUUAUAUUGAAAAUAAUAUUUUUGAAGAAUUUCA